GUGUUUCCGCUUCAAUCGUCACGUCACUUGACAAAUCAGUCGGUGUGGAUUUUAUUUUUCUUUUCCGCACCGCACAGUUUCAUUUUGCGUGCCCACAUUAUCACAUGUUGCGGCCGCUCUAUCACAUCGCGGUAUCGGCCAUCUCGGUGGUGCCCCACUUUAUUGCACGGCCUUAUCAUUCGGAAGCGGCGUGAACACACCAACCACCAAUUUCUUCCAGUCCUCUCCUCCUCUCAAAGAGUGACAAUUUUCUUUUCUUUCUUGCUCUUCCAUACCUUGUGUAAAUUAAUAAUAAUAAAAAAAAAACUCUUUUAAUAAAGGAAUAAAUCUCUUUCUAAAAUAAGAAGAAAUUCCUUAAUUAUUUUUUUUUAUAUGUGUGUUAAAUUAAAAAGAAGUUCGCGAGUUCGAAAGAUGAUUCUUCCGGCUGAUUUACUUUGACAGUGGCUUUAAAAAAAUAUAUGUAUAUCUGUGCUUUUGCAUAAAUGAACUAUUUAUAGCUAAGCAAAGUUAUCCAACCGUGAAAAUUAUUUAUUUUUGCGAACGAUCACACAGGAUAUAUUUUAUAUCUCUGUCGGAGUGUGAACAUAUUAAUUUUUCAUUCUUUCGCCCGUGUUUUCGGUGGCACAACAGCAGCAGUAAGAAGAGGAGAAAAAGCAGACAAUGAGCCUUCAAUCGAUACGUUAUGAUAAGGGAUCGUUGGAGAUUCUGGAUCAACUCCUCCUUCCGGUCCAGUCAAAGUACAUCACAGUUAAGGGGGUGGAGGAUGGUUGGAGGGUGAUUAACAAAAUGCAGGUUCGUGGUGCUCCGGCAAUUGCAAUUGUGGGGUGCCUAUCAUUGGCUGUGGAAAUCUAUCCGGAGGAAUAUGAGAGUAAGAAGACACUCAGGCAGGAGAUUGAGGGGAAACUCAACUAUUUGGUAUCGAGUCGCCCAACGGCGGUUAACAUGAAGGGUGCUGCCGAAGAGAUGAUCUCCCUGGCCAAUGAUUUGGCUAAAGAUGAAGCCAUUUCAGUUGGGGAGAUGAAGCAAAGAUUUUUGGCGGCCACAGAAGCGAUGCUGCAGAAAGAUAUUUCGGAUAAUAUGGCGAUUGGCUCCCAUGGUGCAGCUGCAAUUUUAUCUAAUGUCGCUGGCGACGGACCAAUCCGUGUUUUAACGCACUGCAACACAGGGUCAUUAGCGACAGCUGGGUACGGAACAGCAUUGGGUGUUGUGAGAAAAUUGCAUGAACUGAAGCGAUUAGAGCACGUCUAUUGCACAGAGACACGUCCAUACAAUCAGGGCGCCCGACUGACGGCCUUCGAAUUGGUGCACGAUAAACUUCCGGCUACCCUUGUGUUGGACAGCAUGGUGGCUGCCCUGUUCCGCUGUCGGAAUAUCGGGGCUGUGGUUGUGGGGGCGGACCGGGUGGCCGCAAAUGGGGAUACAGCCAACAAAAUUGGCACGUACCAGAUUGCCGUUGUGGCCAAGCACCACGGAGUGCCUUUCUACAUUGCCGCCCCGCUCACGUCCAUCGACCUCAAGAUCUCAUGCGGUGACCACAUAAUCAUCGAAGAGCGACCCGAUCGGGAGAUGACUCACGUGGGGGAGCAUCGAAUUGCCGCACCUGGGAUCACGUGUUGGAAUCCCGCAUUCGACGUCACCCCAGCUGCCCUUAUCACUGGCAUUAUCACCGAGAAGGGUGUCUUUGCGCCACCGGAACUGCAGGAGCAAGUGCUGAAGCACACGCAGCCACCGACAGUUUCCUAAAAAAAAGAAAAAGAAAAAAACUCGCCAAAAUGUCUAAAUCCCGAAAUCUCCGCCAAGAGUCGCGCACACAUGAGCCGAGUGCCAAACGUUAAUCCUCUUCCAUAAUAUUAAUUCACUUUUUGUCUCCUUUAUUUUUUCUUUUUUUGUAAAACACAUGAAAUAUUAAAAAUAUUGCUACAUUUGUAACUUCCCACA